AUGGGUCUCUCGCCGACAUUUCCUCACAUCAGAGGCCUCGGGUGGCUUCUCUGCAUCACAGCUAGGGCCUGCCAUGGCGGCCGAUUUGUUCGGGCCGCAUUCCCCGGCGGGUCGACCAAUACUUCCUGGAGAGGGAGCAGUUCUUCGAUCCACAGCUGGAAGACCUCCUUCAGCGGGCUACCAAGCAGAAUCGUUACAUCAGGGAACAUAGGAGCGAACACACCAUGGAGAGUUGUCAGUUGCAAAACACCAUGGAGAGUUGUCAGUUGCAGAAGGAAUCAAAGUCUAACAAAGAACUCAAGGUAUGGCACAACAAGGACAUCCAUAUCCCAGCCGGCAUCAGUAGCAGCGACAAGCUUGUCCAAGACAGGAUUGCACUCUCACAGUCUACAAGAAACUCAGUUUGGCGAGACAUGGGUCCAGGAUCCAUUGGUAGAAGAUCUCCUCAAUAGGCCACUCGGUUGCAAUGAAGUCCUGCUAGACCCACCAUCCAAGCUGCAAUGUUCUCCUGCAUCUCGUGUUGAAGCAGAUCUUCACCAAGCACCAAGCAGACUUUCAUACCAAGAGAAGGGGAAGUGGAAAGAAUCAAACCUGGACAGCAAGAGACAUUUCGGGGAAAGGAAGUGCAGCAGUGCUUACGGAAGCUAUGGUGAGCGGCAAAGGGCUACUACUACUAGGAUCUCUCAGUUCUUCGGCGAGACUUCGCGUGCUGCUGCUGCUGCUACAAAAGGCUUCCAAGAAACACAGUGGAUAGAGACUUACAAUCAUCUCAUAUUGGUGGAGAAAAACCAUGUCCGAGUGGCUUUCUGCAAUAGAUUAACAAGGUGUUGGCGGUGCCUAGGAGAAGGACACAAAGCAUCUGCCUGUCAGGGGGACAGUGAACCCUCCUCUCAGUUGUUGAAUCGGAGGCGACGUCAAGAAAAUCAUGAUCACUUGGAUGAAAGCUUGCAGGAGAAGGGUCCCCAGCAUUUUAGGAGGGCAUCUUCACCUAUGUUUUGGUACUCCGACGAUCGUGAUCCAGCACACACCAUGAUGAAACCAAUGGGCGAACAGAGCAACAAGAGGACACUACCAAAGCAUGUCACUUUUGCGACACCGCUCACCCAGAUCAUGGGGGACAAGGCAAAACUAAUCAUCGAAGAUAACAGCUACAACCUCAUGGAGAACUCUUUCACUACACUUGCCCCUGGACCAAGCAUUUAUUCUUGCGAUCCCAUGUUGUUUGAGUCGCUCAUCACUAGGACACAAAUAAUUAAUCCACAACCUCUCAUGAUGUCUCCGACUAGAUCUUCUGGAAAAAAGCUCCAGGCGAUGUUUGAUGCUGCAGCUAGUCAGGACAGGACCUUACUAUCGAACUAA